ACCAUUUGUUGUGGUUAGAACCUUGUGAGGAUAUGCUCAUCCUUAGACACUAGGCUGAGCAUAUGAGGCUUGAUAAAUCCUUAAGAGCAUUUCUAGAGUUUCCCUAAGUGUCCAUAUGAGGGAGGAAAUGACUUUUAGGACAAAGGUCCUUGAGCCUUGGUCAAGCUUUUUGUGUGUUAUCCUUCUUCUUUUCUAGAUUUCUUGUAAUCUUGAUGAAAUACUUUUAUUUGUAUUUUGAGUAUUUUGAUUGUAAUCCUCCUAUUCUCUCUUGUAAUGAGAAUUUUUCCAACACAACCAAGUCAAGAACUGGCUCCAAAGGCUGAGCAUUGUGGUUCUUAAAACAGAUGACUUGAUGGACGAGUUCAACACUCAAGCUUUGAUCAUGUCUCAAAAUCCAAUGGCCAACCAGGUGUGCACCUUCUUUUCCAGCUCCAACCAGCUUGCUUUCCGUUUCAAGAUGAGUCGUAGAAUACAAGGCAUCAAGAAAAAACUGGCUUCCAUUUCCAAUGAUAAAAGCUUCAUUUUGGAGCAAGGACGUCAAGAAACUACCCUAACUACUAGAAGAGUGAGAGAUGCUGACUUCUACGUACGUAAAGAAGAUGUUAUUGGGAGGGAGAAGGAUAGAUCAGUUAUCAUCGAUAAUCUUUUAUCGGAGAGUUCUGAUCAAGAGAGUGUCUCGGUGAUUGCCAUUGCAGGAAUAGGUGGUCUAGGAAAAACCACUCUUGCCAAAAGUAUUUAUAAUGAUGAGAAAGUCAAAAAACAAUUUAAGUUAAGGAUUUGGGUGUGUGUAUCUGAUCAAUUUGACUUCAGACUAAUUAUUAAAAGUAUUAUUGAGUCAGCAAAAGGUGAGGUUAUUUCGGGAGACAUGGGAACAGAACUGUUAGUAAAGAAGCUUCGAGAAGUACUUGGUGGAAAUCGAUAUUUUGUUGUACUAGAUGAUAUAUGGGAGGAAGACCAUGCCAAGUUGUUGAAGUUAAAAGAUUUAAUAAUAAGUAAUGAAAAUGCUGGGAGUAGAGUUGUAAUAACUACUCGCAGUGAAAACAUUGCUAAAUUCUUAACUACUGAACAACAACCCUAUCGACUAGGGGUUCUUGAUGAAGUUGAAUCUUGGUCUUUGUUUAGAAAGGUGGCUUUUGAAGAUGGCUCACAAGAGCUAGAUAACUCUAGCAUUGUUCAGAUUGGAAAGGAGAUUGUGAAAAGGUGUAAAGGAAUUCCCUUGGCCAUCAAAACAAUAGGAAAUAUAUUACAUGGGAAAAGUUUAGAAUCAGAGUGGUCUUCCUUAGAUAAAGAAUUUUCAAAAAUACCUUAUCAACGUGAAGAUGAUAUCUUACCCACCCUCAAACUGAGUUAUGAUCAUCCAUUUGAAACUUUGCUUUGCCUAUUGUAG